AUGCCUAAUACUAGUCCUUCCAGAUCGCGUCCAUUUAUCCCCUACGAACUGAUUAUCAUCAUCGCCGAGAACCUUUGCUUUUCGGAUCUGAAAACACUCUUAUCUGUCAGCCGCUCCUUCUGUGAGCUUUUAGUUGGAAUGUUCUACCGCAACGCACUCGCGCCGAGAUACAGAAAGCUCGCAUUCUACUGGGCAACAUUAACUAGAAAUAGAGAGCUCAUGGCUUUGUUAAUGGAGAAGAGCAAAAACUUCGCAGUGAGGCGGAGCAGUUCAGGCCCGAUAAUUUUCAGACCACCGGUAAACCCUGCUUAUACAGCUGCUCUUAUCGAAACCUUGCUGGAGCUUGAUGCCAGGAAGAUCACCGUUCAAGACGCAUUCGACUUGUGUACGCCUCUCCACGAAGCGGCGCGGCAAGGACAUCAUAGACAUUUGGGGAUGAUACUAGAGUCGAGUACUGAGUUGGAUGUUAAGGAUAUCCGUGGGUGGACGGCGCUUUUUCAUGCCAUCUGGGAGGGCCGCGUAGAUGUUAUAACGCGCUUGAUCGACCAAGGUUGCAAAAUCAAUACUCAAGAUAAUGCUGGAAUGGGAGUGCUCCAUCUUGCGGCAGUACAGAGGGACCCAAAUAUCGUUAGAGUCCUGCUUGACUCGGGAGCCGAUUGCAAUGUUGCUGAUUCUAGGGGGUGGACUCCUAUUGAGAUGAGGGAAUUUACGCGUGGGGAUAGUGACCCCAUAUCGAUGAUGAUCCUCAAAAGGUUGAAACAAGAUUAUCGAAGCAGCUUAUCACAGACGGCUCUUCAUAUAGCAGUGCUUUUUCAAGAUCUAGAGAUGGCUACCCACUUCCUGGAUCAAGGUUCAAGGAUAAAUGAUGCGGAUAUCCUUGGGUGCACAGCUCUGCAUGAUGCCGCAGUAGUCGGUUACAAAGAGAUGGUUGAUCUGUUACUAUCAAGAGGAGCGGCAGUUGAUGUAAUGAAUUCGACGGGGAAAACCCCACUCCAUUGUCUAUUGAUUCAAUGGCCACGAAAUACGCCUCGAAUUGCGUGGGCACUGCUAGACAGUGGCGCAGAUGUUAGAAUUAGGGACAAUGACGGGAAUACCGUUUUUGAUAACAUAAUCAACUUCGAGGUUUUCCAAUCAGCCAGAGAAAAACUGCUUCUUCAGCGACUCCUGGAAGGAAUGGAUAUCGACUUUAUCAGCACGUAUGGCGGGAGCAAUCUACUCAAUAUAGCGGUAGAAUUUGGAAACGAAGACUGUAUCCGGGUAGUUCUGGAUAAUGGGGCUGGUAUCAAUGACUUUAACCAAGAAGGGGUGACUGUUUUGCACCAAGCUGUGUCCUUGGAGAAGCCUGGAUCACUAAUCCAAUUUCUUCUUGACAGAGGUGCGGAUCCAAAUAGUACAACGCCCAGAGGAUAUACAUUUAUGGAUGUGGCAUUCAUCUUUGGUUACUUCCCUACACCACUUCUACACAUUGCUCUCGGCAAUCCCCACUUUAGGUCACGAUAUAAAAACCAAACAUACCUCCAUCUCGCCGUCCGUACACUUGACAUGAGAAAACUAAAGAUAUUUAUCACCUUGGGCGUCGACAUCAAUGCCCAGGACAUCUGGGGGAUAACAGCACUUCACUUCGCAGUUAAGGAGUUCAGACUAGACAUGAUCAGUCUACUCAUUAACAGUGGUGCAGAUACUAAUAUCCGGGAUGUCGACGGGCUAACGCCGCUUGCCGAUUUACUAAAGAUAUUAAACCCGGUACACCCACCGGCACCGGUACCGUUGGAUCUAAUAAUGAUACUGGCGGAGGGUGUUGACCUGGAUAUGAAGGAUAGCGAGGGGAAUACGGUGCUAGACAUAGCGAUGAAGUAUAAACAUUAUGCAGCAGCGAAACUGUUGAUAUCCCUUAAUAUAGAAGGGUGCGUGUUUAUCGGGACAGAUUAUUGUAACACUUUUCGGAAAAGGAAGAGGGUCAGUGUAUAA